CUCCGCUUCCUUGUCAUGCGAUCAUUGCAUGACAAGGAAGCAGCAACAAAAAGUACUCCGAUGCUGCGACAGGCAGCAAACGGGUUCCCAACGUCGGCUUCAAGGUCAUUCUAGAAGAGAGCCGAUUGAUAUCAUCGCACAUGCGCAUAUUUAUUGCAGUUGCAGCUCAAAUUUGAAAGAUCCUACUGCUCCAAAACUGUUCUGAGAUCAUGUACUGCCAAACCGGUUAUGUUUCACCAACGCGACUCCAAAAACGGAAACCGUCCUCAAAAAGUUUCAGUCUGGUAACAAUGCUCGCGAAGAAACGCAGACAGAAGUGCCAUUUUUUCAAACAGAAAGUACAUUUUGCUUUUACAUAGAUGCACGUGUACUUCUAGGUGCUAAACCUAUUGUCAUUCUCUCAAGCAAGAAGUUGAUCGCGGACUGCGCACUAGUCUGUAGUCUGCUAGUAUCCUGUUUCACACUAGGUCUCCUAGACCUCACUAGAGUUGUGUCACAAGAAAUCACGCAAACCAAAAUCUGAAAAAAAUGCCGGUCCUGACGCUUGUCGCCCCAGGGAGGUUCCUUGACGGAGCCGUAUUUUCGUUUCUGGUGAUGAUGCUCGGGGGGAUUGCGCUCUUCUUCUUCGGGAACUUCUACACCUACAUCUGUACAGUGUUUUUCUGAAUUACUUUUAGCAUCACAGCCUAUUACUAGUCAUGCAUGUGCCGGUCGUUCUUCGCAUGAAAACACUUUCUGUAUGUGAAGGAAAGUUGAUCAACUUUGCAAAACAAAGUGCAGGAAAUCUGAAACUCCCCGUCCUAUACUACCAGGUGUUACGGAGGUGAAGAAAUUUGGUAUGGUGGCGCAGGUGCUCGACAAGAUGUUUCCAAUGCCGGGAAAAAAGUGGAAUUACAACUUGACGCACGUGUUGCUGUUCUCCAUUCUCAUCGCACUGCUCUCCAUGAUGCACCACCCGGCACAGGACUACGUGGAGGAGAACGCCAUGCUCGCAAAGAAGAAGAAAGAAAAGGCAGAUGCGAAGGAGGCGGAAAAGAAAAAGGACUCUUAAAGAUGCUGUGGACAUGCUCUUUCGUUUCCUGUCUGUAAAAAUACAUAGACAGCAGGCGAGAUAAUCAUAAUUUGCGACGAACUGAUUUGAAAUUGAAUGUCAACCAACGAACACAUCACGCAUAGUAGGAGUAGAAUUGUUUUUGUCUCCCCAUAGGCAAGGAACUCACUAUCAAAACGAAACCCUCCAAAACUGGCACCUACUACCCUUCAUGACAAUGAAACUGUGGCCCGACGAGAAGGUUCGAACGUCCACACGAACAACUUGUAGAUCAUUUGCUCGACGGCGCUAGGAUGAGUUUUUCAAAGAAAGUGUAAACCACGAUGCAAUCGCG